AUGGAUUUAGGUUCAUGUGAAAACAGCGAUGAUCAUCAGUUCCUGGAGAAAGAUCCUACAGGUCGGUUCGUUAGGUCUGAUGAAAUCUUGGGAGGAGGAGUGGUCAAGACUGCAUAUAGGGCUUUCGAUGAAGUUGAUGGAGUUGAAGUUGCAUGGAAACAAGUAAACGUCCAGCAUGUAUCACCAAAACAACUAGAGAGAUUGACCACUGAGGCUCGCUUAUUGAAGUCGUUGAAAGAUAAGAACAUCAUCAAGAUUUAUGAUUUUUGGGUCGAUGAUGAGAAGAAAACUCUUAACAUGAUUACUGAGAUAUUCGUUUCUGGGAGUUUGAGUCAGUAUUGCAAGAAACACAAGGGUGUUAAUGCGAAGGCUAUUAAGAACUGGGCAAGGCAGAUUCUUCGAGGUUUGCACUAUUUACAUACUCAUGAACCUCCUAUCAUUCAUGGCGAUUUGAGAUGCGAUAACAUAUUUGUUAAUGGAAACAAUGGAGAGGUUAAGAUUGGAGAUCUAGGAUUAGCCAUUGUUAUGCAACGCCCUACUGGUUUAUGUGAUUUAGGUACUCCAGCACAUAUGGCUCCUGAUCAGCUUUGUGAAGAGGAAUACAAUGAGCUUGUCGAUGUUUAUUCCUUCGGCAUGUGCAUGUUAGAGAUGGUUACUCGUGAAUAUCCAUGUUGUGAAUGCAAAAAUCCAGGGCAGAUAUAUAAGAAGGUUAUCUCAGGCGUGAAGCCGGCUUCCCUUGAUAAGGUGAAUGAUCCCCAAGUUAAACAGUUCAUAGAGAAGUGCCUAGUUCCAGCCUCUUUGAGAUUGUCGGCGAUAGAGCUUUUGAAAGAUCCAUUCCUAGCAACUGAAAAUUCAAAAGAUACUGUCUCUAGUUCUAUGAAGUUACCCAAUAAUCUCAUGCCCAAGCAUGUGAUCAGCUUGCCACUUGCAGAAUCCCAUUCGAUGAACUGCAACAACAAGAAGCUUCUGGUAGGAUCUUGUAAAGAAAGUAUCAAUGAGCAGCUCCAGUUUUCAACUCCAGAAAUUUGCAAGGUCAACGAGAAAAAUGAAUUCAGAUUAAGAGGGGAGAAAAUCGACAAUAAUACGAUCUCAUUGACUUUGAACAUUACGGAAACUUCAUGUUGUCAAUCAAGGGAAGUGGAGUUUUCUUUUUAUCUUGAUUCAGAUACUGCAGUUUCGGUAGCUGAGGAGAUGGUUGAACAACUUGAAUUGUCACCUGAAGAUGCAGCUUGUAGUGCUAAGUUGAUUGAUGCCUUGGUAAUGAAGCUGGCUCCUAGCUUGAAAACUUCAUGUGGAAGCAUCGCGAGUGCACCUGAUCAGAGGCAUCCUGAUUGCUUACAAUCUGUCAGAGAACAAGAGGCUUUACAAUCAUUUAAUUCAGAAAUUUCUGCCGAACAAGAUAUGAAAAUUUCCUCUUAUGCCAGAACUAACAAGCCUUUGGGAUCUUUCCAUUGCGAUCUUCAAUUGAAUACUCACAAUUUGGGUUCAGACUUUAUGAUGCUUGAUGAUGGAUGUCUACCAGAACACAAGAAAUCUGCAAGAAAUUUUGUGAGCUCCUGGAUUGGUUCCUGCUUUGGUAGGAAAAACAAGAGAGCUUGUCCUGCAUCUACUAUCCAUACCAAGCAGAAGAAAUGGACGAGCUAA